CGGGCCAGGAAGUUUCAGCACUUCGAGGCGUUUCGCCUCCUGGCCCAGUACUUUGAAUACCGCCAGCAGAACCUGGACAUGUUCAAGAGCUUCAAGGCCACAGACCCGGGCAUCAAGCAGGCGCUGAAGGAUGGCUUCCCCGGCGGGCUGGCCAACCUGGACCACUCCGGCAGGAAGAUCCUUGUCCUUUUUGCUGCCAACUGGGACCAGAGCAGGUACACACUGGUGGAUAUUUUGCGCGCCAUACUUCUUUCUUUAGAAGCCAUGAUAGAAGACCCUGAGCUUCAAGUGAACGGAUUUGUUUUGAUUAUAGACUGGAGCAACUUCACCUUCAAGCAGGCCUCCAAGCUCACACCAAGCAUGCUUAGAUUAGCCAUAGAGGGCCUUCAG